GAAAAGGUGGUUGAAAGAAGCGCGCGAUUGUGUCUAUUAGCAGAUGUUGUGCUAGCCGUUUCACGUGAAUACCCGCUGGCGCCGAGCUAUUAGCAUAGUUUUUUGCAAUUAUGCUAGCAACUCGUAAUAUAAAUGUUACAGGAAGUGGAUACAGUAUAAAAAGUUAAUGCUCAUUAAAAACUAAUGUGGAUAUUAAAUGUGAAGAAGUGAUAUAAAAAAAAUUAUAAAGAUACAGCGCGCUAGUUUUAAGCGUGUAGCCGGUGUUACUGCAUUUUAUAAGUUACUGAUAAAAUUAUCUGCGACAAACUAGUUGGGAUUUAACGUCUAUGCAGCGCUAAUUACAAAUAUCUCUCCUUAUGGAUUUAGCAGCCAGUAGCAAUUCAAGAUUCAGCGAUGUUGACGAAUAUGGCUUUAAACGCUCGGAUAAUUUCGAUUAUCGCAAUUAUGAGCAAUUCAUGUCCGGUUACCUGAAGACGCUCACCAAGCGUCGCAUGAAAUGGGAAGCUAUCCUGCAACGCAACGCUGAUCUCACCACAAUUGAUAGCAAAUUAAAACGCUAUAUACGUAAGGGCAUACCAGGUCCAUUUCGUGCUGAUGUUUGGAUGAAAAUUUCCGGCGCUGCUAAACUACAACAACGCUCACCCACAUUAUAUCGCAAUUUGCUGGGUGCACAUUACGAGAAGGAAAUCUGCGAUUCCAUAACAAUUGAUCUACCUCGUACAUUUCCCGACAAUAUACACUUCGAUACGAAAAAAGAGCGUCUCUUCAAUAUAUUAGUGGCGUAUGCGCACCACAACCGCGAAGUGGGCUACUGUCAGGGAUUGAAUUAUAUCGCAGGACUACUCCUAAUAGUCACCGACGAUGAAGAGAAAUCAUUUUGGCUACUAAAGCAUAUUGUCGAGAGUAUUGUGCCACAAUAUCAUACAAAAAAUAUGGCUAAUCUACUACGCGAUUUGGCAGUAUUCAAAGAGAUGAUUAUGAGAAGAGCGCCACAAGUCAAUCGGCAUAUAGAAAAUUUAGGCUUACCGUAUACUGUGAUAGCGAGCAAAUGGUUCAUUUGCAUUUUCGCUGAAGUGCUUCCUGUGGAAACUGUGCUGCGCAUUUGGGAUUGUGUCUUCGCGGAGGGCUAUAAGAUUGUCUUUCGCGUCGCAUUAGCAUUAUUCCUCACACAUAAAACAGCAAUACUCGGCUGUGAUGACAUCGCAGCAUUAGCGAAUUUAUUUCGUGAAAAGAUGAUGCAGGGUGACAUCGUCACCGACUGCCAUAGUUUUAUAGAAGCCAUGUUUAAGAUACGUUUGAAACGUAGCGAACUAGAGGCACUACGCAAAGUGUGCGUAGGACGCAAUAAUACCUAAAGCAACAGUAACAAAAAUAGAUACAUGCAUAGAAACCAAACUGCAUUUUUAUGUAGUGUAUUUACCGCCAAAUUUGUAUAGCUAGAGAGACUGUGUUGUACUUGCGGCUCAACUUACUUAAAACACACUUGCCGCAUGCAUGCGUGAAAAGAAGGAAGAAGGUGUUUGCAAUUUUGAAACAUACAUACCUUACUGCCUGCGUCACCUACAGGUCAUGCUGCACUUACUAAACAAAUAACACAACUACCUAAAUGUGUACACACAUACACAUACACAACUACAUACAUAUGAGCGUAGAGCAUAUUGCGUACAAAUAAUAGUGGAACUUCAAUACAUACGACAGACUUAAAUGUUUAGCAAUAUUAAGUGUUCAAAAACAGUUAAUAAAGAUGCAAAUCAGUAGGAAAAUUGCCUAGAGGCCACGAAGUUGGGGAAUUGCUUUCAAUAUGAAAACUAAUAAUACGAAAACUAAUCAUGUUAGAACGAAUUAUGUAGCUGUAAAACGAUAUUAAGACAUAAUAUGCAACCAAACUACCAAAAUAAUACUAGCUUAUAUAGAAGAAACAGAAUUUAAGUUACAAAUAUAUAUAUACAUAUACACAUUUUUAGUAUUUAGUGUACUAUAAUUAUAGUAAAGUGUAAAUUAUGCUAUUUAUUCUAUUUAUAUGUAUGUAUAUAAUAUAUAUGCUUGUGUUAAGUUUAUAUGUGUGCGUGUGCUGUUAAUCAGUGUUAGAGUGCUUGCGUCGGGCCUUUAGUUGCCACAAUUGCUGUUUUCAUAUUAUAUAUUUUAUAGCGUUAUUAAUUAAUUAUUAAGUUUCUUGCUCACAUGUUGCAUUAUUUCUCAUGCUUGUAUUAGUCUUAAUUAGCCAAAAAGUUACUCUACAAUGGCUUUCAUUCAUGCUAUCAUUUUUAUGCAUCAAUAUAGUUGUGUUUUAAAGCUGAAUAAAAGCGAUACUCGUUAGUAAAAUGUAUUUAAUAAUAACUGCUUUUGUUCGCGCCCUCAAAGCUAAAGAGCAAAAGUCAAUUUUAA